CUUUCCCACGGUCGCAGACGACACGGUGGACGACGUCCUUAUUAGAACCGCCACUUACUCGAAUUGCUGUAUCGAUCGACCCGGUCCUACUCCUUGUUUGAACAACAUUUGGUUUGUGAAGCCGUCGGACGAACCUCGCCUUUCUGCAGCCAGCUCUGGCUCUUCAGUACGCUCUGCAGCCAUCGCGUCAGGUUGCAAAGAUAUUAGGGCGUGACAUCUUGCACUGAGUAGCUUGGUGGACCGCUAGUUGAAAGCAGGUAUUGCCUUAGGUAAAGGCUUUCGUGAUAUGUGGUUAGGGAUAUAAUCGAUCCCAUACGCCGCUUCUUGCAAGUACAAAUACCAGCGCGCUUCGCAUUAGACGUCCGAGGGGGUGUUCUGUCGGAUUAUGACAGAGACCUCCCCAGUCGUCAUCACGCAUCCAACCACGGAGCCUUUCCCGGUCACCGCCCCUCUGGACUCACCCAUCGUCAACGGCGCCGUGUCAGAUUCGGUCCCGGCUGAAGAGGAGGAGCCGUAUACCAUCAAAUGCAUUUGUGCGUUCGAAGAUGAUGAUGGGAAUACAGUCUUCUGUGAGGGUUGCGAAACGUGGCAGCAUAUUGAAUGCUAUUACCAUGGUCGGGAUGUCCCAGAAGUCCACAACUGUGUCGAUUGUGAGCCCCGUCAUCUUGACAGUCGGCGCGCCACAGAGCGACAGAGGCGCCUCAGGGAGCAAAGCGAUGGCGGUGACCGGAAAGCUAAACGCUCAGGAACGAAGAGUCACAAAAAGAAGGCGAAGGAUCAUGCGGAUCACGUAAAUGGUUUCCAUCAGCGGUCAGAGUCGAGCAGUCGCGAACAGCUUCCGUUGAAGAAGGCAAAAACUGGUCAUCGCGCGUCAGGCUCGGUCAACUCUUUGCCCGGGAACUCGGCGCUUACUUCUGACAGUCGCAAGCGCACCGCGGCCUCUUUGAGCCCAAUCAAGUCGUUCGGCCCCUCGAUUCCUCUCUACUCUAAUGAGUUUCUCCACCUGUACGACCAGGAUCAUGGGCAUGCUGAUAUGGACGGUAAUCUUUUUGUCAAUCUAACACUUGCCGCUGAUUUGGCCUCGUGGGUGAAAGAUCAUGUCUCACUCGCUCAGGUAGCCAACGGCCGCUCUGCGGACGAGAUAUUCACCAGGUCUGGCGCAACUUUGGAUCGGUCUCAUUGGCCUUCCCUGUCUCUCAAUUCAGUAACAGAUCCCAGUACUGAAUUUGGCGGCAAGCAUCCGACUUGGAAAGUUCUCAAGACCCAAGAUGCCGUUGGUAAAGACGAGAUUGUUGGCGAAAUCACAGGCAAGAUUGGUCUGCUACGAGACUAUUGCCUCGAUCCCGGUAAUCGUUGGCAAGAGUUGCGACACCCCGAGCCGUUUGUCUUUUUCCAUCCCCAGCUUCCGAUUUACAUCGACAGUCGACAAGAAGGCAGUAUCCUGCGUUACGCCAGGCGGUCAUGUCGUCCUAAUGUGACUAUGAAGACCUACAUUACGAAUGAUGUGGAAUAUCACUUUUGCUUUGUUGCCAAAGAGGAUAUCGCACCGGAUUCAGAGAUUACAGCGACAUGGUAUCUAGAUCCCCAGUUGUUUGGGUCUACCAAUGGGAUAGUCAAGCAAGAGCCCGGGGACAGUGUGCAGGAAGUGGCUGCUGUUUGUAUCAGCAAUGUACUGGCCAAUUUUGGUGGCUGCGCGUGCGUUGAGCCACACAGCUGCCUGCUUUCCAGUCUUGAUUGCCGGCGGCAUCCCAAACUUGCGGAUGGAAGCGUAAAACAAGCACAUGCUAAACGGAGGAAAACAAAAAGCAAACCCAAUGUAUCACCGCAUGGUAAUAAUAGCCGUGCUGGGAGUGAAGCUGUCUUUACUCUGGACGACGAUGAUCAUGCAGACAGUCGUUCUGCAUCGAGUUCCAACCGUGGGCAGACCCGCAGUCGUGAUUUGACGCCAACCUUACAGACUCCCACAGAUGCCUUUGGCUUUGGGGAUUCUGAGCUGUCCGCUCGCGAAAGGCGUAAGAUUGCCGCAGCAGAAAAGAAAUUCCAGCAGUUAGAACAGGAUCAACAGACAACCCACAAACGGAGAAAGCGUGUUAGUGGGCAGUCCGCUCAUGCAACUGGGCCAGGCACUUCCGACCGUCGGUCAUUCUCACCCCCAUUGUCUGGAGGUGGUCACCGAUCACCACGCAAACCCUCUGCUCUUAGCACGCCUGCCAGACGGUAUCCAUACGUCGACUCUGCCGUCCAGGCAGACAUCGAGGUUGCGAACGGUGUAAUGCCAUCCCCUCCUUCCUCUAAGCGGCCCAACUUCGUCCCUCUUACCCAACGUCUCCUCAAGCGAUGUUACAUUGAUCGGAUCCGGAUGGAACAUACCAGUCGUCAACAACCUGAUUCACCCCAAUCAAAUAAAACUACCUUUGAAGUAUCAUCCCAUCUUGUUCCUACGCCGACAGCCACCACCCCAAGUGUGUCAGGUGAGAAAGAAGAUGUGGAAAUGCAAGACCUAGAGUCACCAACCGAAGCAUCUUCGGCACGGCCGCAGACGCGCAAUCCCUCUAUGGACAUGUCGCCGUCCCAUGGGCGGGGUUCAGAUGGAGCACUCCCGCUGCCACCACCAUGGCCGUCUAGCGCAGCUCAUAUCGCUCGAAUCCCAGCGCGCAAGGUCACCAGCACUCGUGUAGAUUUACACAUGCCUCCGACUACUGCCACUGGCCUCCCAUCGACGGCGAGCCCGAAUUCAAUAUCGUCGGCUGCAUCAUCCCCGUCUACUUUGGAUCCGUCCUCGCAACACCCCGGAACUGCUCUUCCUGGAGCGGGACUGGCUGCUCCUAGUCCUGUGAAGAAAAAGCUGAGUCUAGGUGACUAUCUAAGUCGAAGGGGGUCGUUAAAGACUCCAACAUCGGAGAAGACGCAGGCGCAGGCUGCAAUGCCACCCCCCACCCCUCCUGCUCAGCUCUCGGACAGACGGGAUGUUUCAGCUAUGACAGGUAACAUACAUCCGGACAGCAGCCCUUCAUUGUCGAGUCCAACAACGGCGGAUGUCACAAUGAAACAUGUCUCGAGCUCAUCACAACCCGCGCAUUCUCCAUCAAUUUCCUGAUCGACUCUCAUCAUUCGGUCAUUGGUGCGGAAAUGGCUGGCCAAUACCUGACGAAUUACUUCUCUUUUAUACAUGUUUUUAUUACCGCUAUCUCUUUUAUUCACUUGUAAACGAUUGGAAUGGACUGGCGUUCGUCGUGGCUUUGGGUGCUUAUUCUUGCGAGAGGUUUGAGGGUGGCGUACUUGGCGCGUUUGGCGGGAAUAACUGAUGGGUUACGGCUCUCUAUGGAAUGGAAGCCAUGGUCAUGCGAUUCUCUACGCGCAGCCUUUGCUUGCUUCACGCUUUGUCUUCUAGCCUUUCAUCUCAGAAUAUGUCCGUAGUGGUCCUGGGAUAGCUAGCGUCAA